CGGCUCCAGUCUGCCGCUGGCUGCCCGUGGCUCAAGCCGCGGCUCGCCUCCCCCUUCCCCCGUUCGCUCGCAGUCCGUUUGACAUCUCACGCGCGUCUUUGACACAUCGCAUUAGGCUGCAUUCUAGCGAGCACUAUACGCGCUGCUAUCUCCCCCCGUCCUGAUGAGCGCAUACUAGUGUGACCGGAGACUGUGCGCAAGAUGAAGAGUCAUGCUAGCCGUUCGCCACGUUAUCCAGCAGUCCAGUGAGAGAGCCGCGCUCGAGGGCGCCGAUUAUGACAGAUUCUGUGCCGCGGCUCUUUGAUCGUUAGAAGUACACGGAUACGUCCUGCGUGGAGGGGUGUGCCGCAGCUUCGAGGAGAGGACCACUGGAUCUACGCCGCUGGAUCUUCUGCGCUGAAAGGCCCGAACGUUCGCCGGAGGCUCGCGUCUUUGGCGAGCAACUGCGGACGACUAUACGACUACGACGACGUCGGCGGUGGCGACUAGCAGCGGUAGCAGAGCGGCUGCGGCGGCGGCACUGGCAUCAGCGGCGAGAGCAACAUGAGCGACUGCGGAGCGCUACUGAUGCUGCUGCUGCUGCUGGCAGUGGCUGCCGUCGCCAGCCAGGCCUACCAGGUAAACAGGAACAACGGCGUCGAGGAUGGCUCGAAAUUAAUCCGCAUAGUUGGCGACGUCAUUUUCGGCGGCAUAUUCCCCAUGCACGAGCAGGUUUCCGGGCCACUCGGGCAGCCGCCGUGCGGCGCGGUCAAGGAGGAGAAGGGCGUGCAGCGGCUCGAGGCGAUGCUCUACGCCCUCGACCAGAUAAACGCGGAUGAACAGCUGCUGCCCAACACGACCCUCGGCGCCCUCAUCCUCGACUCAUGCAGCAGCGACACCUACGCCCUCGACCAGUCCAUGGAGUUUGUCCGCUCCUACAUGAAUCAGGUUGGUACAUCACGUGACAUCACGGAGUACAAGUGCGAGAACGGAAAGUCGCCGAUCUACGAGCCGCACAAGCCGGUCACGGGCGUCAUCGGCGCCUCCUUCAGCGGCGUCUCUAUCAUGGUGGCCAACAUCCUGCGGCUCUUCAAGAUACCGCAGAUAAGUUACGCCUCGACGAGCACUGAGCUGUCGGACAAGAGCCGCUUCGAGUACUUCAGCAGGGUGGUGCCGCCGGACAAUUUUCAGGCCCAGGCGAUGGUCGAGGUGAUCCACAGGCUCGGCUGGAAGUACGUCUCAACGGUCGCAGUCGAGGGCGACUACGGCGAGAAGGGAAUCGCCAGCUUCGUCUCUCUGUCAGCCGAGUACAACAUUUGCGUGGCUGUGAGCGAGAAGAUAAUGCGCAACGCCAAACCCGAGGACUUUGAGCGCAUAGUCGAGCACUUGGACUCGAAGCGGAACGCUCGAGGCGUCGUUCUCUUCGUCGAUGAGGAUAACAUCAGGAAGCUGCUGCAGGCGACGAUCAAGGCCAACAAGACCGGCCACUUCAUGUGGGUCGGCAGCGACAGCUGGGGCGCGAAGGUGCACCCGGUGCGCGAGCAGGAGUUCGCUGCCGAGGGCGCCAUCACCAUCCUGCCCUUUCGCAAUUCUCUCGAAGGCUUCGACAACUACUACAAGAGUCUACUGCCUCGGCUGGGCCGCGAGUGCGAGGGUGUGCACGAGCGUAAUGUGCCACAUCGCAGCAUCCCCGGCAAGUACGUCAACUGCAGGAACGUCUGGUUCCGGGAGUUUUGGUCGCAGCAUCACAAGUGCAGCUUCGCCGCCGGUGAGACCGGACUGAAGAAGUGCACCGGCACCGAGGAACUCGUCGAUUACAAGCAGGAGGGACUCGUACCGUUUGUCGCGGACGCGGUCUACGCGAUGGCCCACGGCGUGCACAACGUCAUCGACGACGUCUGCCUCGACUCGCCUGCCCACCAGCUCUGCGACAGCCUCAAGCCAGCGCCCCAGGGCCAGCAGCUCUUGCAGUACAUAAGGAACGUCACCUUUGUCGGUCGGCAAGGAACGGAAAUUAAAUUCAACGCCGACGGCGACGCUUACGGCUAUUACAACAUUUAUCAGUAUCAACGAGGCGAGGACGGCCGCUACAAUUACACGCUUAUUGGCUCCUGGAAGGAGAGGUUGGAUCUCGAGAUAAACAUGACGCAGUGGGCGACCGGAGCCGGCGAGGCCCACAUACCCAGGAGCAUAUGCAGCGACGACUGUCCGCUCGGUCAGAUCCGCAAUUUCCAGGAGCCAUGUUGCUGGAGCUGCGUAGCCUGUCGGGAGGACGCCUACGUGUUCAACGACUCGUGCAGGCGGUGCGAGCCCGGCUGGGCGCCGGACGAGACCAAGAGCCGCUGCAUCAAGCUCUCGGCCGAGGUGAUCUCGUGGACGAACCCCUGGGCUAUCGUGCCCCUCGUCUUCGCCUCGAUCGGCAUCCUCGGCACGAUCUUCACCGGAGCCGUUUUCAUCUGGUUCAACCGGACGCCAGUGAUAAUGGCCUCGGGCCGGGAGCUCUGCUUCGUCCUCCUGGUUGGAAUUCUCUCGUGCUACCUCAUGAGCUUCGUCAUACUGAGUCAGCCGACCAAGUGGAACUGCACCAUUCUGAGGAUCGGACUGGGGCUCUGUUUGAGCCUCUGCUACAGUGCCAUACUCACCAAGACCAAUCGCAUAUCGAGGAUCUUCAAUCAGGGCCGGAAGAGCAUCAAGCGUCCCUCCUACACGUCGCCGAAAAGCCAGGUCGCCAUAUCCGUCGGAAUCACAUCGGUGCAGCUGGUGGGAGCGAUAAUCUGGCUGAUAAUCGAGCCACCAGACACCUCGGAGAUCUAUCCGUACCCGCUGACGGCCGUCCUCACCUGUCGCGUCUCCACUUUCGCCCUCAUGAUGUCGCUCGUCUACAACAUGCUGCUCAUCCUCUUGUGCACGCUCUACGCGUUCAAGACGCGCAAGAUACCGGAGAACUUCAACGAGGCCAAGUACAUCGGCUUCACCAUGUACUCGACCUGCAUAGUCUGGCUGGCCUUCAUACCGAUUUACUUUGGCACCAACAACGAUUAUAAGAUCCAGAUAGCCAGUAUGUGCAUGUGCAUCAACAUCUCGGCGACGGUCGCCUUAGGCUGCCUCUUCACGCCCAAGGUCUACAUCGUACUCUUCCAGCCCUACAAGAACAUCCGGCCAGGCCCUAGCAACAGCUGCCAGCAGUCGACAGGAGUAGGCUACCGUCAGGGAUACAGCAUGCGAUUCUCCGCGCCAGGACGCAGCCAGACAAUGCAGAGCGUUACCUCCGGCUCGAGGAGCUCGCCGCCGCCCAGCGCUGGACCCACUACCACGACCGCUGCCACCUCGUCCGGGACCAGUCAGCAGCAGGCUGCCAGGCCCAAGCACGCCUCGACCAACGGCGAGCCUCAACGCACUCAGACCGAUCCAGCGACGACGACGUCGACCCCGGUAAGCACGACGACCGGCGCUGCCAGCCCAACGAUCGAGGACAGCACGGUGAGCUAGGUAGCGCUUGUGCACCUCCGCGAUCCCCUGACCUCCGCUCAGGAUCGCGAGGACCAGGUGCGCCUGCAGGACUCGAGCCUAUCGUAGCAUCCGGAGGACGCGGCCACGCCGCGCAAGCAUCAGCACCACCAUCACCACAAGAAGAAGAAGAAGCACAAGCGCCACAAGCAACAACAGCAACAGCAGCAAAAUCAGUCGUCGCCGUCGCCGCACAAGAGCGCGACCGAGGAGUCGGCCGACGAGAUAAUCGUCCUCACGCCGGAGAAGAGCCAGAACGGCGACGCGGCUGCGCCCCGGAGAAUCCUUCAGCUCCAGGACGGCUAGAUGCGCUGAUCAAACGUGUGUGCACGCGUGCAUGCUUUCUCUCGCGCGCGCGGAAUGUACUCUCGACGCCGAGGACGAUCGAUCGAACGUGUGGCGAGAGGCCGUUUGUUCCUACUGCAGGUAACGACCUCGCGCUGAUGUUGCUUCGCGCGUAGACUUGUUGCACUGACGCGCGCGUGCUCGCUUUCUUUUUUUUUUUCUCCCUCGCUUCCUUCUCUCCCUGCGCGUGUAUACGCAGUCUGUCGGAGCUGGCGCAUCUGUAGGCCGCUGCAGUCGUAAAGUAAAGGCCGGCCCGGUUUUAUAUAUACAUGUAUUCUUCGAGCGUAAAAGGGAUUACGCUAAGAGAAGAGCCCACCCUCACUGCUGCUUCUGAAGUGGCCCGUAACGGAAGGAGCGCUCUCUCUCCCUCUCCUCGCACCUCGCACUCCUUGAGAACUUUGAGGACGUCCAACGCACGAGAGAGUUCGCCUGAAUGAUUUAUAUAUACGCGAGCACAGUCGCGAAUCCAGCUUUGCCGGGAAGCGCGUUAAAACUCUGCUGAAUGGCUUUUCUUGCCGACAAGGCAAGCUGCGGAGAGAGAGGGAGAGAGCGAGAGAAGUUUUUAAUAGGACUCGUGAAUUAAAAAUCUUCUGCUGUAUCGAAUAAUACAGACAUGAAGUUUGAAUAAUGAAUGGGCCAGCCUCGCUACACUGCUCUCGACUCUAUUUUCGAUCGUUGCCCUGUUACUCCGGGCUCUUCCUCGGCUAUAUAACAAUAUAAGGCGCGAGCCCGCGCGUGAAUUAUUCAAUCGAGGCCCGCCGCGAUUUCUUUCCGCGAUACCGCGCGCGAUUAUGGACAAAAGAGCGAACAAUUCCAAAGCCCAAUUAAGAGCCGUCGAGUCGCGAAAUUCCACUCGAUCGAGGCGCUUUUCGACGCGUCAGUGCAACAAAGUCGCCGCAUAUCCGAUGAAAGAAAAAAAAAACCCGCGUGAUGGACACUCGAUACGUUCACUCUGCGCUGGCGGGCUGGCGUGUAACGCAUCGACAGACGAUCUGCUGUUUUGCAUUUUUUUUCAUCGUCGAAGAACGGAGGAAGUAUAAGGCCAGGCGAUCCCUUGAUUGCGCGUGAAACGGCGCUAAUUGCCGUUGGAGAUCGGUAUAAAUCGAAUGAAAGACUGCAGGACGCCAACGCCCGUUCGGUUUUAUAGACGCUCUUCACUCGCGUAUACGCGCCGCGCGUUUCUGGGAAAAAAUUCUCACGGCGCCUGGCCCACUUAACCCUUUGAAGCACGUUUCUUCCGCUCUCCUUUCAAAACUCAAUUAGACUAGAAAUUCCCGGCUACUUUUUUGCGCGCCCCCCGCGCGUUCGCUCGACUUUAGGUUCGAAAUUUGAAAUUCAAAUUUUGGGUUAAGUACCCGGGCGGGCCAGGCUGUGCGGGCUGCUGUCCACAUAAUAAAAUCAAUAAAGCGCCAUGAUUCGGACGAUCGAAUUCUCGCGAAAAUGGCUUGCGCUUGGAAUCCGAGGGAGGAGGAUUGCCGAGCGAAAAAUAUCAGCUCGAUCGAGCGCGCCGCGUGUACAUAUACCGCGUGUGUAGGUAACGAAAUAUUUAAGCUAUUCGACCAAACGUAAAAACAAUACGCGAUUUUUCGAACUGAGAGAUAUUCCGCCACGACUCUACAUUCCGAAGGAUAAGCCAGCCGCACUAAGCAAAAGUCUUCCACGUAUUUAUACAUACCUGUAGGAACCUUACAAAAAGCCGAUAAAACCGCGCGGAUUCGCUCCGUUAUGAUAUUCUAAUCAACUCCGACGACGAGAGAUAUCCGCUGCAGGAGGGAAAAAAGCCUAUAAACAUGUGUAUACUCGGCAGAGCGCUGCGAGAAAAGCUUCCGCACUUGAUUUUCCUUAUUUUUUACGGAUCCUCGCUCGCGCGCAUCACAUCCCAUCUCCUUGCGCGCGUGUAUAAAAUAGAGAGAGAGAGAGAGAGAGAGAGAGAGAGAGAGAGAGAGAGAGAGAGAGAGAGAGAGAGAGAGAGAGUAAGAGGACGAGAAGGAAGUGAGAACGAAAGAACGCCGUCGCUUUUCGUUACGCGAGUCGAGUGAGCGUCGAAAGAGGCGCGGAUCGCCGCGCGAUGACUUGUUGUCGUGUCAAUUUGCUCGAGUAGGCCGAAAUUCGACGAGAAAUGCCUGUCUAUCCAUCCCCCGCUCGCUUUCGAGAGUAUAUAGAGAUAGAGCGAAAGCUACACACUCCGGAGCUUGCUCCUCCUAUAGCUGCCCGUAUACGAGAAAGAGAAGAGAGCGAGAGGGCUGUUAUACGGUAACCUGAUUCGCCCUCGAGUAUCGAUGUCUCGGCCGAGUGUAGUCCAUAUACACAUACACACAUACGCUCGCACAUAUAUAUAUAUAUAUAUAUAUAUAUAUAUAUAUAUAUAUAUAUAUAUAUAUAUAUAUGUGUGUGCCGUCAUAAGACUAUAUACUGUGGCACAUCCAGCUCGCGCGCGGAAAUCCAAUAUUUUCGGUUCAGGUGCUGCAGUUCUUCGUUUCUUCGUUGUUUCGCCGUGGCGACGAUAAACAACAUUUCCUAGGACGGAUAACUUUAUACCCUCGCGCCCGACUCGCGCUCGGUUAGGAGUAGGAGGAAGAGGGCAAAAAAGAGGCGGACGGGCGCGCGCGCGCGCGGGAGGGAAAGAUAAGUUUGGAGGGAGAGGAAAAUUGCUCGUACACGUAACCCGAGCGAGUUUUCUGUAAUAUAGCUGAAUUUUAUUCGAGAUAUUUAUGGAAACUGUAUUAUAUUAGUUGGCCCGAUAAUGCGCAUAUAUUCGCACGCUCGUUUGUUAUGAAGUUUUGCGUUUUUAUUCCAUCGCAUAUCGUUGGCUUAGAGAGAGAGAGAGAGAGAGAGAGAGAGAGAGAGAGAGAGAGAGAGAGAGAGAGAGAUCGAAGUAUCGUUUUUGUUUUUAAAUUUUAUAUAAUUUAUUUGAAUCGUUGACCGAUAUGUCCGUAUAGAUAUAUUAUGCGUAUAUAAUGUACACUGCGUUUGUAUGAUAGCGAGUAUUUAUCAAAAUUAGACUAUUAGAAGGUGCUUUCCCGUGUAAUGCUGUGAAGAAUAACAAAACCAUGCACAGAGACUGCAAUUUUCUACAAACGUAUUUAUAACGAACAUGAGUAUAAGAGUCGACCGGUUGAUAGGCGAAGAGAGUACGUAAGGAUUAUACAGCACUCGUUAACCGUGUAAUUUAUAAAGGUAUAAUCAACAACUACAACAACAACUACACUACAAUAUAACUCGUGUUUUUUAACGCUUCCCUAAUAGAAAUGACAGCAGACGACGUUUCGUUUAUACACCGGUAUAACGGACUACGAUUUUUCAAACGACCAUAAUACUUCCAAGUGUUUUUUAGACGAUCGCCGGAUUCUGACCGAGAUUACAUUACAAACCGCAAUGUUAAACUACAUCACGCAUCCGAAAGCGAAUUUUUGUAAUAGAUGACCUGUGUAACGCGUCAGGUUUUACAUAAAUACUAUAUAUAACUAUGUAGUCGAUGUGAGUGAGUGUGAAAAACAAUUUAAGUCGAACAGUUUUAACGGAAAAAAAUAAAAACUUAAGAUACAUAAAUCUAGUUGUAUAUCUCGACGUGUAAUGAAAAAUUUCUUAUUAACGCUGACUAAAGGAAUACUCAAGUGAUAACAAAACUUGCAUAGGCACAAAAAGAAUUGCUAGUUAAGUCGUACAUUUUUUGGACAGUUAAAGGCGAAAAAUGGCAAAAAAAAUUUAAUAGUAAAUAAUAAAUAAUAAUAAUAGACCGAUGAAUAUUUUUACCUCCGAAGCAGACACAAAAACACUCAGAGAGCACUGACGUAAAAAUAUGCUCGCGGAUAUUGAUCGUCGAAUGUAUAUAGCCUUACGAUAAAUUUCCCGAUUUAGCGACGACAGAUCUUCGCGCGCGCCCGCUCCGAGACAGUCGGCGAGAGAAAAAAGAAGCCAUCAGUAUACAGCUUUUUUCCUUCUCGCCCGCUUCACACGCGAGAUUACAGCGAGCGCAAAAACUCCCCGGAGUGACUAUACGUCGUGUACACAAGCGCAACAAUCGGGAAACGCUUCCCUAUGCCAUCAAUAGCUCCGUGCAGAUAUGGCUCCACUUAAAUUAUUUUGUUUCGCGCUCGCGCGAACUUGCGAAUGAAAAUACUCGACUCGCAUCAGCGUUACGCAGCAGACUCGCAUCGAUUAUUUCUACACAAUAAACUUUGGACGGAAAUUAGUGUGUAUAACGUGCUGCAUUUGGCGUUUUUCUUUUCAUCGCGCUCUUGCGAGAGAAAAAAGUCAGACUCGAGCGAUUCAUUGUUAGUCGUGCGUUAAAUUCCUCGUCGGGGAAAAUUUAAUUCUGCUGCUGGUCUUUGUGCGAACUAAUUUUUUCUUUCGCAAGAGCGACCGUUGCGUAUACUGUUUUUUGAAUAAUCGAUGCGAAUGCGCUGCAUAGCCUCGUUAUUGUGUAAACAAAAAUUACUCCUCUCGGCGAAAUCGCGUCUAUCUCGCAUGCCCUAAACAUUGUCGUCUAUUAAACCAAAGAUGUAUCCAAAAAUUAUACUUUAGCUCGGUGUUUACGCGUACCUGUAAUCGUCAUAGCGCAGCAAAGUCGCGCCCGUCGUAUACAUUAGUAGUAACGCAUGCAAAUCAAAAACAAAAUGACAAAAAAAAAAUGAUGAUGAUGAUGAGAGAUCCACGACAGACUCGUUGAAACUGUACAUAUAUACCGAGACGCACGUCGACGAGGCCAUUAUUAUACCGAACUUUGUACAAAGUAUGAUAGAGAUCAGACGUAUAAGCCAAGCAGAUUAUGUAAGCGUAAAUGUAUGUGUACAUAUAGACAUAACCGGGAGUAAGUUAUUACAACGUAUUAAACGCGUAUAACUUGUAAAACUGAAUAUUGCCUAUAUAAGACAACUAAAUAUAGCGAGUAAGUAUGUAUACACGCAGUCAUGUACGUCGGGACGAGUCGACUUCAAACGAAUCGAAGCGAUUCCAACUCCUCAGAAUCUAUAUAAUAUUUAGGUAUAUAUUAUAUUAUUAUUGUUUAACUAUAAAGAAAAUACGAAAGACUUUUGGUGAUAAUGUCAAAGUAGCUAUAGCGAUCUAAGCCAAAGCUCGAAAAUCUGCGCGAUUCCGAGUAACUGAAAUAAAUAUAUAUACAUUGCAUUAUAUAUUAUAA